CGCCCGCCGCCCGCGCCGCUGGAAGGAGCGCCCCCCGGGCGGCGGCGGCGCACCCGCGGCCCCAGCGGCUCCGAUGGCGCGGCGAGCGCGCUGAGUGCUCCGCGCCGGGCGCCCUGCGGUGCGGAGGCCGGGAGCCUGCAGCCCGCGCCGCGGCCGGGAGGCGCCGCCCGGGAGGACGGAGCGGCGGGGAGCGUAUCUUUCGAAGAUGGUCUGGCUGCCUCGGAGGCCUGGAGAUCUGAUGCCACGAUGAGGACUCACACGCGGGGGGCCCCCAGUGUGUUUUUCAUAGCUCUGCUCUGCUGCACGUCGGCCUACGUCACCGACGAGGACCCCGACGUCAUGAUCCCCUUCACCAACGCCAACUACGACAGCCACCCGAUGCUGUACUUCUCCAGGGCCGAGGUGGCCGAGCUGCGGCUCCGGGCCGCCGGCUCCCACGGGCACAUCGCCGCCCGCCUCGCCGAGGCCGUGCACACCAUGCUGUCCAGCCCCCUGGACUACCUGCCCCCCUGGGACCCCAAGGACUUCAGCGCCCGCUGGAACGAGAUUUACGGCAACAACCUGGGCGCCCUGGCGAUGUUCUGCGUGCUGUACCCCGAGAACAUCGAGGCCCGGGACAUGGCCAAGGACUACAUGGAGAGGAUGGCAGCUCAGCCUAGUUGGCUGGUGAAGGAUGCUUCCUGGGAUGAAGUCCCGCUCGCCCACUCCCUGGUGGGCUUUGCCACUGCCUACGACUUCCUGUACAACUACCUGAGCAAGACGCAGCAGGAGAAGUUUCUCGAAGUGAUUGCCAAUGCCUCGGGCUAUAUGUAUGAAACCUCGUACAGGAGAGGAUGGGGCUUUCAAUACCUGCACAACCAUCAGCCCACCAACUGCAUGGCUCUGCUCACAGGAAGCCUCGUUCUCAUGAACCAAGGGUAUCUUCAGGAAGCCUACUUGUGGACCAAGCAGGUUCUGACCAUUAUGGAGAAGUCUCUGGUCCUGCUCCGAGAGGUGACAGACGGCUCCCUCUAUGAAGGGGUCGCCUACGGCAGCUACACCACCAGAUCCCUCUUCCAGUACAUGUUCCUCGUCCAGAGGCACUUCGACAUCAACCACUUCGGUCACCCAUGGCUUAAGCAGCACUUUGCCUUUAUGUAUAGAACCAUCCUGCCAGGAUUUCAGAGGACGGUGGCCAUUGCAGACUCCAAUUACAACUGGUUUUAUGGCCCAGAGAGCCAGUUAGUGUUCCUGGAUAAGUUUGUCAUGCGAAAUGGCAGCGGUAACUGGCUGGCUGACCAGAUCAGGAAGAACCGAGUGGUGGAAGGCCCGGGGACCCCCUCCAAAGGGCAGCGCUGGUGCACGCUCCACACGGAAUUUCUCUGGUACGAUGCCAGCCUGAAGUCCGUCCCCCCUCCGGACUUCGGCACCCCCACGCUGCAUUACUUUGAAGACUGGGGCGUCGUGACUUAUGGGAGCGCGCUGCCCGCGGAGCCCAACAGGUCCUUCCUUUCCUUCAAGUCGGGGAAGCUCGGGGGGCGAGCCAUCUACGACAUCGUCCACCGGAACAAGUACAAGGACUGGGUCAAAGGCUGGAGGAACUUCAACGCGGGGCACGAGCACCCCGACCAGAACUCGUUCACGUUCGCUCCCAACGGCGUGCCCUUCGUGACCGAGGCGCUCUACGGGCCCAAGUACACCUUCUUCAACAACGUCCUCAUGUUCUCCCCGGCCGCGGCCAAGACCUGCUUCUCCCCCUGGGAGGGCCAGGUCACGGAGGACUGCUCGUCCAAAUGGUCUAAGUACAAGCACGACCUGGCGGCCGGCUGCCAAGGCCGGGUGGUGGCCGCGGAGGAGAAGGAUGGCGUGGUCUUCAUUCGGGGAGAAGGCGUGGGGGCCUACAACCCCCGGCUCAGCCUGAAGAACAUCCAGAGGAACCUGAUCCUCCUCCACCCGCAGCUGCUGCUCCUUGUGGAUGAGGUCCACCUCGGGGAGGAGAGCCUCGUGGAGACGGCCACCAGCUUCUUCCACAACGUGGACCUCCCCUUCGAGGAGACGGUGGUGGACGGGGUGCACGGGGCGCUGCUCCGGCAGCGGGACGGGCUCUACAAGAUGUACUGGAUGGACGACACCGGCUACAGCGAGAAAGCCACGUUUGCUUCGGUGACGUACCCCCGGGGCUACCCCUACAACGGGACCAACUUCGUGAACGUGACCAUGCACCUGCGAAGCCCCGUCACCCGGGCGGCCUACCUCUUCAUCGGGCCCUCCGUGGACGUGCAGAGCUUCAGCAUCCACGGCGACCCCCGGCAGCUGGACGUGUUCGUGGCCACCGGGGAGCACGCCUACGCCGUGUACCUCUGGCCGGGCGAGGCCCCGGGCCAGGCCGCCUUUGCACAGGUCAUCGCCGAUCGCCAGGAGAUCCUGUUUGGCCCGAGCGCGGCCGUCCAGAGCGCCGCGGUCCCCGAGGUGAAGGACUACGCGGCCCUCGUGGAGCGGAACCUGCAGCGUUUCAAGCCGGUGUUCCAGCUGCUAGAGAAGCAGAUCCUGUCCCGCGUCCGCAACACGGCCGGCUUCAGGAAGACGGCCGAGCGCCUGCUGAGGUUUUCCGACAAGAGGCAGACGGAGGAGGCCAUCGACAGGAUCUUUGCCAUAUCCCAGCGGCAGCAGCAGCAGCAGCAGCAGCAGCAGCGCAGGUCCAAGAAGAACCGCAGGGGAGGCAAACGCUACAAGUUUGUGGACGCCGUCCCCGAUAUUUUUGCACAGAUCGAAGUCAACGAGAGAAAGGUUCGGCAGAAAGCCCAGAUCCUGGCCCAGAAAGAGCAGCCCAUCGAUGAAGACGAGGAAAUGAAAGACCUUUUGGAUUUCGCAGACGUGACGUACGAGAAGCACAGACACGAUGGCCUGAUGAGAGGCCCGUUCGGGCAGGCGCGGGUGGUGACGGCCGCGCACAGCAGAGCCCCGGCCCUGUCCGCUUCCUACACCAGGCUCUUCCUGAUCCUGAACAUCGUCAUCUUCUUCGUCAUGUUGGCCAUGCAGCUGACUUAUUUCCAGAGGGCCCAGAGCCUGCACGGCCAAAGGUGUCUGUAUGCCGUCCUCCUGAUAGACAGUUGUAUUUUAUUGUGGUUGUACUCGUCUUGUUCCCAGUCACAGUGCUAGCACUGAAGCUGUCAAUCCCUCAGUCAUUUGUGGUCACAAAUCGAUGCCAAAAAAAUCGUCCCAGCUAUUGGGUUUUCCCCCCUCAGAUUCAUUUUAACAAAUUAAGGGGAAGAUGUCUUUACACAAGAAAGCAAGGGCACAGAGAAAUCAAAAUUGAAGUAGGUAAAGGAUUUGUCAAAGGAAUAAAAGUAGUUUGGAUGUCACAUGAUGUUUCUGGAAAUGUUUGGCUUGACUAAUGGUCCAUAUACUACUAUUCGUAAACACAAAGUCUGGUUUUAAGUAAUUUUUAAGAAACAAAGAAGAUUUGUAAUUAAAUUUUAUUAAUAUUAACUUAAUGCCAUUAGCAAUCUUCAGAUCCUGUUUUAUGAAAAGACUGAAGCACACAAUUCUGAGAAAUACAGACUUUUUAAAAAUGGUGUAGCCAUGCUUAAAAAAUGUGGCUAAGUCCUGGUAUGGCCGAGCCAUCUUCCUGGGAGAGUAGUUCCUUAGUGAAGUGAAUAACAACACUUCUGUAUUGAAUUAUUAUUCAGAUAACAUGGUAAAAUGAUGGCAGAAAAUUCAUUAAAAAGUUAAGAUUAUAUUUCCAGUAGAAUACACGUAUGUAUGAAUGACAGUUUUCUUAACGAUGUCCAUGUCUGCACACACGUAACUGAUUGCGUUUAUGCAUCCACUGGUUAUUUAGAUAAGAUAAUUCCAGAUAACUUGACUUCCUAUUUUCUUUAUAUGGAAACUUGCUGUGGACCUAAUGGCUAAACUUCAAAAUAAAAUGUUUUAUAUCCUGAACAUUGACUUUAAUACCAAAGAAGAUGGGGAAGCUAAAAUUUGGAUAUGAUUCUUAUGUUUUUUAAAAGAAGUUUUUCUUUAAAUUUAUUUUGUUUAAUAAACAUCAUAAUUGUGA